AUGGGUUAUAACGGUCCGUUGAAUAAUACAAAUUAUUUGAAAGCUUGUUUCAUGAAGCCGUACAAAUUCUUUACUCACUCAGUGAUUCAUGCGCUAAGUCACAGGAAAGGUGGAUACGAUGUUAUGAAAGACUGUCAAAUGUGUAUAGUGACGGCGUUGGUGUUAAACAAGAAAUACAACUUUUCUAGAAUUGUUUUUCAUUACAUGAAAGAUAAUAUUACAUCUGGUAGUCGAAGUUGGGUGUAUCCAAGAUUUGUGCAGAUGAUGCUGGAUCAUGCAUGUCCAAAUCUGGUGAAAGAUGAACAGAAUGAUCUAAUGCAGUUGCAUCACAUGGAUAAUGAAACGUUAAUCCGAUUAUCCAAGUAUACAAAGAAUUGGCCUGAACCGAAGAAGAGAGAGUUUUUCGGAUUCGUCAAAGAUGAUAAAUAUGAAGAUCCAGAUCUAGUAAAUCAUUUAAAGUGGAGGAAUGAUGCUGAAAUGAAAGAAAAGAGUGCAAUUAAUGAAUUAAACAAGUUAGAAGAUUUCUAUGAAACUCGAAAUGAUUGGUAUACAAAGGUAGAAAAAGGGAAGAAAAAAGGUGGAAAGAGAACUCCUACACCAGAAGUCCAAGCUGAAGAAGGAUCAUCUUCUCAACCACAGAAGAAACGUAAAAAGAAAACAGUUGAAACAUUGCUAGUUGAUGAACCAGAAGUUGAUGAGACAGAAGCUAAUGUUGAAAAAGAUCAAGAUCCGUUAACUCCUGAAACUGAGCAGUUGUUGAGAGAUAUUGAUGAUACUUUAGAAGCUGAGAAAGCAGCUAAAGGUGAUACGGAUGAUGAAGUUGAUCGAUGGAUCAAAGAAAAUUAUGAUCCAAAAGAUAGGGAGAAACAAAAGAAGAGAAAGAGGAGUUCGGAUGAUGAUGAUAAAACAUAUGUUCCACCAGAAGAUGUUCAGGUUGUAAAAUCACCAUCUUCAGGAGGUAGAAAGAAAUCAACAUCAAGAAAACGUGUCGGAACUCCAGCAGCACGAAAGUUAAGAUUCAAGCUGAAAAUAAAACCUAUUCAAGAUCAACAAACUCAGCCUACACCAGAACCACAAUCUAAACCACCAUCACCACCACAAAAUCAACUAAAAUCACCACCACCACAACAACCAUCACCAGAUCCUUUACAAUCACCACAAUCACCAUCACAACAUCAUAUUUCAUCACCUAUUCAUGAACAACCACCAAUACUAUCACCACACGCUCAACAAACACCACCAACCACACAACCACCAGUUCAUACUACUCCUGGAUCGUCUGGUUUUGAAAAAUUUCCACAUAUUUCAGAGAGUACAGUUCUUGAGCAGCUAGAUGAUUUUAGCUUUGUGAAUGAUGAUCUUGUGAAGAAGUUGCAAAAGAAGGUGAAUGAGGUGUUGAGUGAGAAAAAGAAGUUAGAGGAACGUGUCAAGUCUGUUGAAUCUGAGAAUUCAUCUUUGUUGAAAAAGAUUGAAGCUGAUCAAGCUGACAUAGACAUUCUGAAAGUUCGAAUAGCUGUCUUGGAAGAAGAAAAGUCUCAAAGGGAUGAGCAGAAUGCGUACUUCAAAUUGAAAAAUAAAGAAUUAGAAGCCAAUAAUGCUAAGAAGGAACAUGAAGAGUAUAUGUUAAAGAAAGUGUUGGAAGAUUUGAUUAGAAAGCCGAUUGAACAAAAGUUUGAAGAGAUAGAGCUUGCAGAAGUUAGAGCAAGACGCGAAGCAGAAAUGGAAGCUGGAAUGAAAGAUAAGGGUAAAGGUGUUCCAGUUGAAGAUGAUGUUCAAGUGACUGAAAGGGAAAUUGUUCUGACUGAGUAG